AUGGGUCGUCCACGCGCACUUUUAACGGUGUGCGUGCUGGUCCUGUCCCUCGGAUUUGGAAUCGAGGGUGGCAUGUGCCAACAUUUUUAUCUCCUUCGCCCCAUUCCGAGCGACAGUUUGCCAAUCGUUGACCUCAAAGAAGACCCGGAUCCCGUCUUGGACCCCACAGAGUUGGAUCUUAACGAAACCGAACUAAUGAGUUUACUCGGCGACAACUUUGACUCCGGCGUCAUGUCCGUAUCACCGCCGCAGAACAACCGAACAGGUGGUCACGGACUGAGCGAUUCGGACGUCCCGCUGGACCCCCUUAUCCAGGAGCUUACCGGAACCAUGCCAAAGGAAAUCGAGUCAAUGGACUUUGACAUUCAGCACGGGAAGAAGAGCAAACCGAGCCGAAAGCUUCGGAAGCGGCUCCAGCUUUGGCUCUGGUCCUACGCGUUUUGUCCCGUGGUUUAUUCGUGGACCGACCUGGGGAACAGAUUUUGGCCGCGCUACGUGAAAAUUAGCAGUUGCCUCAAUAAACGGUCGUGUUCCGUGCCGGAGGGGAUGGUUUGUAAACCGGCCAAGUCCGUCCAUUUCACGAUACUGCGAUGGAAGUGCCGACAGCGCAGAUCGGGGGUAAAAUGCGCCUGGAUAACGGUUCAAUACCCCGUCAUAUCGGACUGCAAAUGCGCUUGCUCGACCUGA